GUCUCCUUCCAGCAGUACGGCCUCUUCCUCACCUUCGCCCCUAGCUCCGGCAGGUGGACUCGGGUGAUCACAGACAGAAAAAGGUCGGAACGCUACCUCCCCAUCGUUGGCCGAGGCACAUAUGUCCAACAGCACAAAGCUCCGUGACAACACCAUUUAUGCCUACAAGCUCGCCUACCAAAAGAAUGAUCAGGGAGGGCCGGAGCAGCUCAAGCUGGAUCUGCCCAUCGUGAUCGACUAUGUCUGCCCGUUCACACCCGGCAAAGGGUACGGCAUCCUCACCCGCCUCGCCGGCCUCCGCAUGUGCUCUGUCUGGAUCAGUCUGGCGCAGUACACCCCGUGCCCGUGCGAGAACCUGCACGCCAUCGUCACCACCUUCGACCUCCUUGACACCCAGGACCCGGUUGAGGGAGGAAUCAAGCUGCUGCACUCAACUUACCGCCGGGUAGACAUGGUGCCCAAUCCGCCAGCUCAACAGCACUUCUGCUUUCUACAGGAGUAUGAGGACCAGAGCUCUCUUGUGCUGCAGCAACGUGGAGAAGAGGAAGAGGGUCUAACCAGUUCCCAGCACGUCAACAAACCAUCCAAGAUGCUUAGUUGUUGCAGAAACAUGAUGGAAAUGCGCUCAAUAACAUUCCCGGACUUUCAAUGCGGCAUGGACGGUGGUCACAUUGCCCAUAUGUGCUCUCGCGAGCCAGCUGAGGGGCCCUUCUCGACAAUUCCUCCCUUGGGACUCACUCGGAGCCUGCCGGUCGACCCUGCUUCAAGGCAACACCAAGUCUGUUCUACAAGUCCUGUUGUGCAUGUGAAGGGUGCUACAAUGGCUAUCAAGAAGGAUCUGAUUAUCAUUUGCCAAGCUGGCUCACGAGCAGUCAUCUACCAGACGGGUGCCAUGGAUGAUGAUGUCAAGCCCAUCGAACUGUGUUGUGCCGCAGUUGGUGAUCGUGAUUGGCACUUUUUCAAGAAUGGCUCAAAAAUACAGGCAGUCUCGUCCAUGAAAGACGGCAUGUUUGAGUUUAGUAUGAACAAGGACAGGCCAACUUGCAAGCGACCUUUACAGCGUCCUAAUGCAGGUCCUUUCGUUAUGGUUGCCAGAGUUGGCCAAGAAACCAUUGCUCUUACUGAGACUCUGCAAAUUUACCAUCAGACACAGUUCAAUUAUGGACCCACCACCUCAUGGUUGCGUUACAAGGCAGAUGAGUCGAAGGUUGUCUUCAGGAGGGUUGAUAUCUCUGGAUAUGUAGCAAUGGAUGAUGAUUCCCUUAUAGUUUCUGAUGCUAUCACAUGCUCCUGCCUUCAUUUUGACCUGGGUGCCAAACAAUGGAGUGUUGUCAUGCCUUUGGCUGCAUUCAAAGAACGCCCGCCUGAUCCUACAGAGGCCCUUUUAAAUGGUAGAUGUGUAUUUGUCGAUGGCUUUAUCUACACAUGCAGAAAAGGAGGGCUGGCUGCUUAUGAACUGCUUCGUGAAGAUCAUUCUCUGUACCUCAGCCAGCCUAUCUUUUUGCCAUUAUCACGCGUACAUUGUGUGGGUGAAGGCAUAUGUUUGGAUUAUGCUGGCAAAGAUGUGGACUCUGGUGCUACUUUGUUGUACGUGGUGCAAGAUGAAUAUUCUCCGCAGAAGUAUGGUGUACGGUCCACCACUUUCAGCAUCACCACUGUCAAGGUUAGGACUCAAAGAACAGCCAGCAACAAAAUGAAACCUGUGGGAAUCGACCAUAUGGAUAGUGUCACGCGUUUCAUACAUGAAGCCAUGGAUGUGAUAUGCUGCUUUGCAGUCUGAUGGAUGCAUGCCCUAUUAUUAUUAGUAGUAGUAUAUACUAUAUAAGCUCCAUAGUAUUUGUAACCCUACGUUUCCAUGGCACUUGACACCUCUUUUGGAAGCGAAUCCGGAGGAUCUGGACUUUUAACAUGCACCGAGAGGACAGGUUGUAGGUCUAAUUAGUUGUAUUUUGGUGGUGGUAAAACUUACAUUUCUCUAGAGCGCCUGUAUGUAAUGACUGGUGACCUUGGCUGAAUUAUAUUCCAAACAUUUUCUAGUA